CCUAAGCUCACAAGACAGUUCUCAUGGCCUGCAGCCGGAAGAGGCGCAGAUCAGAACCCCAGCACACUGGACCACCAGAUAUCAAAAUGAUCCCGUGCCCUCAAGGUAACAAGGGUGAAUGAAUAUAUUUUAUUUUUUUAUAAUUAUUAAUUUAUGAAAACCUUUCUACAAACACUACACACAAUAGAUGGAUGAGAGGAUGUGAUUACAGAGAGGUGCUGUGAAGAUUUUUCGCACAGGGCGCCUGGCCCUGUCCACAUCUCACUAAGCCACCUUCUCUUCUACAGCUGCGUCAUCUAAUAAACUAAGCCUUCAUUGUAAACUCUUCUGGCAAUCUACUUUUCCUUUACAUGAAAUACAUCUUAGCUGUACCUCAUUUUAGAUUGUCAGCUCAUUUGAGCAGGGCCUUCCACAUUUCCUGUUCCUAUAUGUCCAACUCGACUUAUUGCAACUACUUGUUUGUUUGUCCAUUUUUUGUAAUAAUAAUAACCUGGUUAUAUGUGAUCAUUGAGUCUCCCGUCGUGCAUAGCUAAACAUUAACCUCUCCAAAAGAUCUUCCUUCAUUUCCCUGAAAACCAUGUUGGAUAUGGCAAUUCAUAGGAAAAUGGCUGAUUACAGGGAAAAUGACAAAGAGAAGGGAGGGAGCAGUCUCUUUAGAAAUAUUUAAAUACUUAAAGGGAUUAAAGUUGAAGAAGGAAGGAUUUUCAAGAAAAUGUGAAGUACUAGAACUUAAUGCAACAUCAGAAGGUUUGUAGAUCAAUAGAUAAUGUGAAGUAACAGUAAAGAAUUCAAAUGCAAUAAUGGAAUUCGAAAAAGCUAGAGAAACAUGCAAGAUGUUGACCAAAAUGUUUUAGUCUGCCAUGAGAAUCUAUGCUUCCACACAUUUUUAUAUGAUUCACUUGCGUGGAAAAUGUAAACUUCACUAAAUACUAUGUAAACCCAUGAUGCUUUGUUGAAAAUGUCCCAAAUAACGUGAUGGUGUUUAUUUGUUUAUUUUCAAAUAUCAACAUAUCGGCUGAUGUCUAUCUAAUAUGGAGAAAACAUGCAUUGGAGCUAUAAGGACUAUGUUCAAAAAUAUUCUCCAAAGUACAAUUUAGAUAGCAAUCCUAAAAUAUAUAUUUGGAAUAAUCCUUAUGUAGCAUUCUAAAAGAUGUGUAAGAAAGACAUAUUUUCACUUCUGCGCUUUACAAGAAGCUUAAUGUUGUUAUGUUCUGUUAAGAAAACUGUCAAUAUUUUUUAAAUCAUCUUUGGAAGUAAAAACAUGUAUUAUCACACUUCAUGUGUUCUAGACUCCUUGUUUAUUAUUUUGUAAUGCAUACGUUUUACAGGGCGUCUAUGACUCAGUUUGAGCUGUCAUAUUGUAUUGUGUAAGUUAUUUUUGUUUGGAAACACCACUUACCCAAUGAAAGAUCAUGCUGGUAACUGAGAGUGACUGCAAAUGUAUGCAUGUUAUGUUAAGUGCAAGUAUUGAGCAUAAAAAAAGUUUGAAUUGCCGAAUUUCCAAAUUGCCUUAUUUCCGAAGUGCCGAACUGAACCGAAUUGCCGAAGUUCCGAAUUGCCAAAGUUCCUAAUUGUUGAAACUCCGUAGUGGGUUAGGGGUUAUGGUUAGGGGGUAGGGUUAGGUUUAGGGUUAGGGGUUAGGGUCCAAAUUACCUAAGUUCAGAAUUUCCGAAGUUCUGAAUUGCCGAAUUAUGCUUACUUAUAUAGUUAAUUUAAGGCUUAUAUGUUUAAUUACAAUGUUGCAGUUUUUGCUUGCAUGAGAUUUCAAAAAUACAUAUGUGCUGGGUAAUUUUCGUAAAAAGGACACUAUAGUGCACUAUAAUAUAUGCUCUAUUAUUAGCCUUUUAGAGUCUCCUGUGUGUGAUUCCUCCUGUGUAUGAACAGGAUUUAAAACUUCUGAUGUAAGUUAGCAAUGAUUAAAAUGAUAAUAUUUUUAAGUGUUGGCUGUGUGACAGCACGGGGAGGUGUCGCUAGGGCUGCAUAAACAGAUCUAAAAGUGAUUUAAUUCCUAAAUGGCUGAGAAGUAAGUGGUGAGACUGCAGGUUCCUAUAUUAUUUUUUUAAGAUCCUUGGACAGCUAUGGGAUGUACGUUCCAGAAAAACAUUGGGCUUGAGCCCAAAUCAAAUUCUAAACAAAAUGAAACUCUAUAUACUCUAACAGAAAGGUGUGCAUAUGUCAGAACAUAGCUCUCUAUUUCUCCCCGAACAGCACAUUGCUUAUGCUCUUCGGGAUGCCAAUUAAAGCAUAACCAGAAACAAGCAUAUGUUGCACAGCCUGGUCUUCAAUGCGACCUCACCAUACUACCUAACUAAUAAAAAGGCAUGCAGCAAAGUUCUAUUGCCAAGCUGUCACUCCAGACAGCUACUUUCUCGAGCACUACACUCGUGAUCUUACUUUUUAUACCAGGAGGCUGCGUUGAGUGAAAUAAAUUCUAAUAAAUAAAUAAUUAUUAACAAAAACACCACUAUCCUCCUGCCCCCUCCACUACCUGAUAUACUAUAAUAUAUUUGAAUUGGUACACAACAAUAAGCAUCAUGCUCAAUAUUAUAACAAUAUCAAAAAUUCUAAACUAUUUGCUCUAAACAUGUAUUGUGGUCUUCUGCGUUCUCAGGGUGGAGAGAGGGACUAGCAUAUGGCCUAUAUUAAGUUGGCAGAUUGGGUUCCACACUAAACCCCAAAUGCCACCCGUGUCUGCAGCAAGUCUCGGGUCUGCUCAGCAAUUGCAACAAGUUCUCUGGGGAGUCGAGCUUUGUCUCUGAUGCUGUGGUUUCCUUCCUCAUUCACAGGUCUCAGCUCAUUGCGAACAGCUACAUGCAAUGCUCUGAGCAAGGAUUGCACUUUUGGGUGGUCACAUGACUUGACUUCCUGUAAGAGUUCAGAUGUUUCUUUGAACAUUAAGCAGAAACUUCAUUCCAGUUAACGGCUUCUACAUGUAUCCUUUGUAUUAAACGUUUAAUAAUAUUUUACAAAAUGUUGCGUCGGAAGCCCUCCAAUGCAUCGGACAAAGACCCUACACAGAAAAAGAAGGUAAGUCAGAUGGUUUUAAAUUUAAGGGGAUAAUAUUGUAUCUUUAUAAUGGAUAUCAUUAAUGCUACGAAAAAAAAAAUAUUUGUAUAUGUCUGUAUGUGUUUAUGUAUACACAUGUCUGUGUGUUUUUGUGGUCAUGGUCCCCAGCAUGAUGUAUAUAUAUUAGGAUGAGUGCUACCCCCUCUGGCUCCUGUGUUUGCACAAGGAUUCUGCCCAGGAAGUACCAUGAUAAUGAAAGGAACCCCUGGUCAUGCCAAUUAUUGGUGAUUCUGUAAUCUCAUCAGAAGCCAGACAAUGUUUUAUCAUAUGGCUUGCAAUUUGAGGGAUAAUUCACGAAACAGUGAAUUGUGAUGAUAUAACAAUCAAAUUGCAACAUUUUAGCUACAUGGGAUGAAUGAUAAAAUGUCUAAAUUUUUCUGUAUUUUGUUAUUCAUUUGCUUGCCAGAUCAUAUAAUUCCUUUUUACCAUUUGUAAAAGUGAAUGUAGAAUUAAUAUUAGAAUGCAUUUUUUCUAUUUGAACUAAUAAAUGUAUUUUUAUAUAUAUUGAGUGUUUUACAUAGAAUUCUUCUCUCACACUACUGAACACUUCUUUAAUUUUCUUUUUAACCCUUAAAGGAACAUUCCUGGAAUAAAAAUAAAAACCACUUCACGUGGUGCCCAGGGUUCCACAGUGCCACACUCUAAGUCUGUCACUGCUGCUCAAGUGUUUCCGCAUUUCACUGGUCACUAGUGACCCAUAGCAAGUAAUUCUUUAGAAACGUAUGUACAUGUCUGAAGCAUUACUCAUUUUGGAGGGCCAAAACAUAUCCCAAAGCCGUAAAAGGGGAGCAGUCGCCAAUGGAAUUUUCCUGUUGGUUUGCAAAGGUUUCUAUGGCGAUUGCCUUUAAUUUAGUGCUUUGCACCCUUUUUCAAUAACUACGCUUUUAUAAACCUUUUGCGGUGUUUCAGUAAGCUAAGCUAGCUUUUUGUACACAAUGUUAUUUCCUGUCUCUAUACAAAACCAGAGACAGUGUGGUACUUAAAUUAACAUUUACUGUAAAGAGGCUGGUCCUUUACCUUGACUGUGGUCCCUUCAUAAUCAUUGGCAUUCAACAGGAUAUAGUGAUGUAUCUAAACUGAAAGUCGGCCAUUGUUUUCCUUUGGCAUUAUCUAUUAUCUAUGUAGAAUAUUUUUUAUUUUUUAUGCAACAGUUGCCAAUCUCACAGAGAAGCAUUGGAUUCAAUGAUUUUCUAUUGGUCACGCAUGACAAUUGCUACGCACACAUCAUAGAUUCCCAAUGCUUCUCUAUGAGAAGUAUCGGAUUGGAUCAAGAUCAUCGGCCAGGAUUGUCUUGGAAGACUCAGAGCAGCUACAAACUGAGUCCCUGCACUAAAGUACAGUGAAUUUAAAGGCUUUUUGUUUUUUGCCUUUUUUAUUUACAAAAGUAAACAAAUAAAUGCACAAAGAUAUAAUAAACAAUAAAUGUAUUUGUAACAAAUAAAAUUAAUAGCACUAAAUACAACUAAAUGAAAUCUGUAUGUGUAUAAGUAUAUAGCACAUUAUAGAGCAAGCAUGUCAAGCUCAAAAGCUAACACGGGUUAAAUAAACAAGGUUUAACUGUAUAUGGACUGCAAAAAAACAAAAACUUAAAUUUUCAUAGAAACGUAGGUUUAUUUUGCAAAGUACAAUAUUAAAACCCCCCAGUAUCCCCAUCUAUUAAACAUCGCACUGCCUAGACUAAGCCCCAGCCACAGUCCCAGCCCCACCUUCUAUACAACCCCAGCUCCCACCUCUACACAACUCCAGCCCCCCUUCUACUAAACCCCAGUACCCCCAGCUACUAAACCCCAGUACCCCAAUCUACUGAACAACCAGUCCCCCAUCUACUAAAACCAAGCCUCCUUCUAUGAAACCCUAGCCCUCCUUCUACUAAACCCUAGCCCCCUUCUACUAAACCCUAGCCCCCUCUCCACAAAAAUCCAGCACCCUCUCUACUAAACCCCUGCCCCAUUUAAAAAAAAAAUAAUAGCCAACAAGCAGGAUCCACUCACAUUGUCUUAGCCAGUAUCCGACUCCAGAGUCCGGCCUCUGGCAUAUCCCCAAUGGCGUCGUCCGCACCCUGUGUCAUGUGUUGUGCUCAUCUAUGUGCCUCCAGGUCCUCUACUGCCCAAUUGUGGCCAUCACAACACUGAGUGCCCCCCCCCCCCAGUGCAUGGAACCCAGGGCAGACUGCCCCCCCAUUGCCCUAUUAGUAAUAAAUAUCUUUGCGGGGCUGCAAAUAUAUUAAUUUGACAUGCUUAUUAUAGAGUAUAUAGUACAGUAACACUGCAUCAAAUGUGCUUUUUGUGUUGCUGGGCAGAUUGUUACUUUUUAAUCUUUCUGCGUAUGUUUUGUUGCGCUUUUGUUACUGUUUAAGCAUCACUACCUUUAUAUACUUAUAUACAUACAGAUUUGAUUUCCUUUUAUUUAGUGCUGUUAAUUUCAUUUGUUAUAUAUAGAUGUAUUGUUUCUUUUAUCUUUCUGUGCAGCCCCUUAUCUGUAUACUUCUUGUUGAUCGUUAUACCAGUCGCUAAGUGUGGAUUGCUGCCUAUUGUUUCAUUUUUGUAUUUCGUUAUUUAUUUCACAUAUAUACAGUUUGGUUACUUUUUUUUUUUUUUAAACAAAUGAGGAUGUCUGUUUAAGGGGAAUCUAUUCUGAAAAAGGCAUUUCAUUAGGUAAUUAAAAAUGGUGUAUAAUAGAGUAGUUGUAAAAUGUUGCAUAAAAUAUAUAUUAUUUAUACUGUCUGUUCAUAUGUACAACUUUUACAUUCAUGGUCUUUGUUUGCACAUUUCUAUAUACACUAUAUCCCUCCGGAGGUUAUUCGUUUAACUAAACCCAGGUUUUAUAGGAUUAAAGUAAGGCAGCAUGGUAUGAUGAAACAUUUUUCUAGCGGAUGGUCAAAAAGAGCCAGAACUCUAACUACACUGAAUCUGUGAUAAGCACAGCUAAACUGAAGAACAUCAUAGUUUUUUUUGUAUACAAAAUGUGUUUAUCAGUCUGAAAGAAAUGUUACAGAAGUUGGAAAACAGCAAAAUUUCAUUGAUAUGAUAGUAUUGCUUUAACAGUUUAUAAAACUAUCGAUAUAAAUUAUCUGUCUAUAAUUACCACCCUUUGAUACAGAGAAAUUUAUGAUGGUAAAAUCAUUAGACAACUUUAUAGAUUCUUAGGAGAUCCAUUUGUAUGUGUUUAUGUUUAUGUUUAUUAUUACUUUGCACUACAAAAUGUACAUUACAAAACAGAAAAGACAAACUUCCCUCUAGUAGAUGUACAUAGUAAUGGAGAAGUAAUGCAGCUCUUCCCAACAGCAAGACAUGUUCACAGCAGUUUAUCUGUCAUCUCCUCUCAUGUCCCUACAAAAUGCUAACUGUCAAUUACAUCAAGAAGGUGGUGGUGGUGAAGGGGUUCUUUGAUUUAGAUAAUGUGGUACUUACAUCCACUAUACAGAUUCCACCAGAUGUUCCAGGGACACCAGUAGAACAUACUGAAAUACAGGUGCCACCUGAACCAUUUUAAUUUCUAGUUUUUAUCAAUUGAUAUUUUAAUCAAAUAGCCCUAAAAUGCCCAGUGUUCUAGAAAAUAUAUAUAUUACCUGUGCAUUUUGUAGUACAAUUAUUUGCCCAUUACCGUGCCUUUUUGGUUCAUCCAAAUUGUUUUCCUGCAUAUUUAUACAUGGACAAUGUUCAGAUGAGCUGACCACCACAUAGAUUACUUUCAGACUUGCCAAACUAAGUUUUCUUUUUUUGGACAAAGCAAUUCAGUUAAACUGAAGACUUCUUGUAACUACAGCAGAACACAAGGUCAAGGAGUUCCCCAAAACUAAGAUUCUUUAUACAGAACAGAGAAGGUGAAUAUCACUAAAAGCAUAUCUUCACACUAAAAGUGAACUAAGAAUUGGAAGUGAAAACAAUAUUUUGACAAACUGAAUAAUAUCAUGAACGUUACAGGAAAAAAAUUAAAUUCUUUGGCCAAUCUUUCAAGACAUUUAGAACCAAAUUCGUAAUUCCAAUCUGGUCCUAAAUGCUACGGCUCUUACAAGUAAAUUCUUGUCAGGAUAUCAAUUUAGAAACUCCUUCAAUAGACCAAAGUUCCUUGAAAUCAGUCCCUCUGAUGAAAAGCCCACCCUGUUGUAUUUACCAAAUUUCUGUAGACUCAAUGAGCUCCCCAACUCUGUCUGCUAGCAGUAGAUAUGGGCAAUUUGUUUUGGUCUGAAUUUAAAUUCAGACGAAUUUUGGCAAUUUGGACAUUCGGAUGCUAGAAGGGUUAGGUGUAGGGUUAGGGGUAGGAUUAGGGGUAGGGUUGGGGUUAGGGGUUAGGUUAGAGGUAGGGUUAGGAUUAGAGGUAGGGUUAGGGUUAGGGGUAAGGUUAGGCUUAAGGAAUUGACCAAGUCCCAAAGUACCAAAGUCCCGAAGUCCCAAAGUGCCAAAUUUCAGAAUUGCCAAAGCCCUGAACCAAACCGAAGUGCCGAAUUGCCAAAGUCCUAAAUUGCCAAAGUCCCGAAUUUAGGAACCUAAUUUUUUGCCCAUGCACAUCCUUAGCUAGCAUUAGGUUUUGUCAUAACAUCUGAAGACAUAUCGAUAAUUGCUAUUCCAAGAUUAAUUAUGCUGGAACUAUCAGAUCAGUUCUUCUUCUGCUUUAUAGUGGUGUAGAAAUCUGUCAGAGUAAGAUACACCGUUCCUAAAAUGUUUAAUUUUUACAGUUUAUAAACCACUAUAAUAAAUAUGACCUGGAAUUAUGGUCUGAAUGGAUGCUAAGACUCUGUAGUUUAAAGCUUCACAGAUUUCCUUCUAGAUGGAUUUUACAUUUGGGCCAGAAAUAAUAAAUACCUUUAUAUCUGAGUCCCCGAGUGACCCAGGAAGUUAUCUAAAACUAUGUUUACUAAUUUACAAGGAAAUUAAUUCUGAUAGAAAUGUAAUCAUCCAAUGAACAAGAUUCUGGGGAGUGUCCACAUUUUUGGACAACUUGAGAAUUUCUGCUAAGUAAAUCUUACAAUGCCUCUGCUACUGAAGAAUACUGUAACUACUGUUAUAAUCUUUGUUAAACACAAGGGUAGAGAAGAUAGACCUGUGGGAAGAUAAGUAAAGUACUAUUUUAUAUUUUGGAAGUAAUUUUGGUGGUCAUACACUAUCUGAAUGGUUAAAUAGGCAUCUUUCAUGUCUAUCUUUACCAUCUAAUGCUUGUAUUUUACCUGAUAAUUGAACUAUUUUAGAUUUAUUACAAUCUUACUAAAUUACUCUUUCUUUAUUUUCCUACCUGGCUUGCAAAUACUUCUCAUUGCGCUGCAUUGGGAAGUCUGUGAUUGGACAGCCACAGAAAGCCUGGGCAGAGUUAGAAGGGGAGGGCUUGCAGAGGCUUAAGACAAGAGAACUGCAGGUCUUACCGGCUGUUGUUAGAUAAAUCCAAAUGAAAUGCUCACCCUUCAUAGCAAAGGAAACCAGUUCCUCUUUCGUUCCCACAUAUGUCAGUAAUGGCAUGAGUUACUAAGUAGAGUAUUUAACCCCUUAAGGACCAAACUUCUGGAAUAAAAGGGAAUCAUGACAUGUCACACAUGUCAUGUGUCCUUAAGGGGUUGAAUACUAACCCUAGCUGCAUUUGUGGUAUCCUUGCUCCAAUUUUGCUUUACCCGUCGUCUGAAAAACAGGAAGAGGUAGAUAUGAGGCUUCAGUCACCAGCUUUUCCCUGCCACUAGAAGGAAGGCAGAUAUAGAUGAGACCAUGACCUACCUCAACCCAUUUAUAAUGAGUCACAGAACUUCAAAGUCAUAUCAGAUUUUACAAAUGAGCCAUGCUCUUUAGAGUGUGGCUGUCAUAUAAGAUUCCAAGGGGUAUUUGCCCAAUGUGCCCUUUGGCCAUUCCAGCCUAGGUGAGUCUGCCACCUGCUUUGAGUCUAUAACUCCACAAUUUGGGGAUAAUUCAUGGAGUGGACGAAGUCGGUUAUAAAUUGCUCAUAUAGUAAUUCAGCAGAUCUAGACUAAGAAAUAACCUGUCAUGUUCAGAGGACAAGAGUAAAAUAAUAGGACAUCUGUGACUGUAGAAAUGAUUUUAAAAUAGAACACAAUUAGGGAACUAAGAGUAGAGGUUUUAUUUUGUUUUGCAGGCAUUUUUCAUAUUUACCAGGAACCUUUAACCAUCUGAACCAAGUGUGUAUGUUAAUGUGUCCUUUAUCAAUGAGUCACAGGAGAAGUUACAGUGCACCUACCAACACAAAACCAUGAAAAUGCAUAUUUAUACUAUUCACACCAUUAACAAAUGUAUAGAUCAAAUGUUAUUGAAUAUCAAAGAGUCUAGACUAGAGUUUAUCUCUACUCUAUUGACAUUUAAACUACAGUUAUGUCAAUCAUCAUGCUGCACGUGGAUGCAAGCUAACCACUGAACAGGCCGGAAGCCACCUCAAGUAUCAGUAUGAGAAUCAAACUCUACACAUUUACAGGGUUCUCACAAACACAUUGUAUACAGUAGAUUUAAUUUUUACACCCUACCUCAUGAGAACUUCACUAUCCACACAUUUGAGAAUGCUAGAUGUUGAUCCACGUCACAAUUACAAAACUGGGUCAUUUUACAAAUGCACAUUUGUCAAUCUGAAUAAUUUAAAAAUACUUGUGAAUCUGUAUUUGCACGUAGUUUAUGAUCUAGGUUUCCACAAUGUACUGAUUUAAAUCCUUCCUACCAUCCAUGUCAACACAUGAGCUUAAUUGCAAUUAUGCAUCAAAAAUGAAACAUAGAAAAAUUCACCUAUUGUAUAUUAUUGAAUGUUUACAUGAAGUUCUGAAAUUUGCAUUCCCAAACAUAGCUGCAGAAUGGUUGCAUAAACCUAUAGAGAAGCUGAUUGCGAUAACAGCAAGUUAUAGAGAGAUGACAAAUUAACUGCAAAAAAAUAGAUUACAUUUUGAAAAAAACAACUCUACAAAAAUUCAUCUUUUUGUUAGAGUUAGCACAAUGAACAUGAAAAACCAAUAUGUAUUUUAUUUUUAUUUUUUUGCACACAUAUCAUUUACAUUUCUAAAGUUAAAUAAGACAUAAAUAGUUAGGUUUCUCCCGUCUUCAUUUGCCUGUCUUGGCCCAGUGAAGCAGAAUUACCAUAUCCCGCUAGCCAGUCAGGUGUGAAUUUGCUUCCUGUCACAAAUCUUUUUGCAAAUCAUACACGGUUUUCACAAUAGAUGAGAAGUUAAAACAAUUCAUGUAUAUGUAUAUCUUCAAACCAUUUCUUUAAAUGAGGGUUUUGCAUCCUGUCAAUGUGAAAUGUUUCUUAUUUGUAGCAGAAAAACCACAUUAAAACACAAAGCAUUUACUGAGAAGUGAAAUAUUGUUUCCAUUAGCAAGCUUGGUUGCAAAGUUACAUUUCUCUGCCUUUAACUCUUUAUAGUCAGCACAGACACACUGCUUGUUUCUUUAAACAGAGAAUAGUCAAGUGAACAAACAUUAAGUGGGGGGUUUUCCAGCUUAGAGGACUGGCCAAGGCAUUUGUUGAUUUUAAAAUCAGCAAAACUAAACUCCUUUAGCAGGUUUAUUUACUAAAGUGAACAUUUAAAGUGAAUUCAAAGUAAAUUUCAAAUUUAGGAUUAAAUUACUAGACUGAAAAAAAAUCUCCAAGUCAACUAUGCUUUCAGAUUGGCUGCUUACAUUUAAAAUUCACUUUUAAUUCUCACUUUAGUGAAUAACCCUGUAGGUUUCUUCCUGGACACUCUGACAUACAGCCAGAUACACAGACACGCUCACUGACACACAUGAUGAAUACACAGACACACUGAAACACACAUACAGAUACAGACACACAGAUACACACAAUGCCACACAUGCAGAUACACAGACACGCUCACUAACACACAUGCAGAUGCAGAGACAUGCUCAUUGACACACAUGCAGAUACACACAAUGGCAUACAUGCAGAUGUAAAGACACACAGAUACAGAAACACAGAUGCAAACAAUGACAUGCACAUAGAUACACAGACAUACAGAUACACACAAUGACACAAAUAUAGAUAUACAGAUACACACGCUGACACACAUACGGGCACAUAGACAUACAGAUACAUACACUGGCAUACAUACACUUAGACACACACAUAAAUACACUGACACACAUACAGAUAGACAGAUACAAACAAUGACACAAACACAGAUACAAUGACACCCAGAUACACAAACUGACACACACAGAUACACAGACAAAUAGUACAUACAUACAGAUACAGACACUCAAAACAUACAUGCAGAUAAAAAUUUGAACCACUAGUUUCCUACCUUUUGGGUGCAUGAGGGUGGCUUUGAAAGGCUGGAGGGAGUAAUUGGCUUACUCCUCUCCCUGUCCACCCCCCUGUCAGAGCUCGCAGCUGGGUCAAUGUCAUUUGGGAGGAAGUGAAUGGCUCUCACUUCAUCCCAGUAGAGAAGAAGGUGCCUGGUCAAGAUGAUAAAGCACUGCAGAGCACAUCGGGGCCCCUCAUGGCAUAUGUCAAUCAGGUGACUCUCAGUGCAUGGGCCACCCGAUGGUCACACUCAACCUGCAGUUUCCAAUCUGUGAGGUGUUGUUGCACUGGCAGAAUCACCAUUAUACAUUUUGGGGGGGCGGGCCCCCGGGUGAACUGGAUUGUACUGCUGAGGAUACAAGUACCAUGGAUGGGAAUCCCUGAUCUAAGAGAAGAACUUAGUGACUGACUCCAACCUUGUUGCUAAAUUUACUGGAUGCAGGAAAGCCUCCAAAUUGACUAACUGAGAACGAGUAUUCAGUCUUGCUGCUGGUAAAGUAGCAACAGAGUAUCAUUGGAAUACAAUUGAAGAUUAUAUUAGCUUUAGUGUACUAAUAAUCUUAAUUUUAGUAAUGACAGGAGGCAAAUAUUUGCAUAUCUUUCUUUACUGAAAACUCCAGCAGCAUAGAAACAGUAACAAACCAAUCAGAGAAAAGAUAUGGUGCCCAUAUAAGGCCCUGUCUAUGACAUCACUUCCUCUUUCUUUGAAGCGAAUGAUAAACAACAACAACAUAAACAUAGUCCGUUAACAUUCCAACAAACGUAGCAGAUAAACCAGUUCCGGCAAUUCCAUGGUCAAACGGUAUGGAAGGUGAAACUUUGUUCCGUAGAGAAGACGUUCAUGCUGAAAGAAAAAGAAAAAAGUGAAAGGUUUCUGAGGUGGCAACGUGCCCACAUAACAUGAAUAUUACGAAAACUGUAGUACAUCCCAGAGUAUAUAAUACUGUGAAAAAUAGUCAAAUAUUCAAAUAAAUAAACCUGCAAGCUACGACAUGCUAUAAGGAGAAACAUCAUAUAGUGCAAAGAGAACGACCAAAAAUACAACUACGGUACCGAACAUGUGUACUCCUAAGAGGUAGUACAAUAGCAACAUGUAUGUCUUCCUGAACACCGAACCACAAACUGUAUAGUAUAAACUCACCUGGGUGGGAUCCAACGGGCGGGAAAUAUUCGCCUCCUGUCAUUACUAAAAUUAAGAUUAUUAGUACACUAAAGCUAAUAUAAUCUUCAAUUUUACCACAUGACAGGAGGCUUCAUAUUUGCAUUUUUAAAGCUUAGCUCUGACCAGUGUGAAGGAAGCGUGAGAGGAGUGACGGAAAUAGAACGUCCUAAACGUACUCUCCCGUGUCCAGUCCGCGCAACGCAUGAUGUCGGUUAGGGAGGCGCCUGCCAAGAAGGCUUGGGAUGCUGCCGCCCCUCUGACCGAAUGCGCUCCGAAGCCGGAGUCGACUCCUGCUAACCUUAAAAGCCAGCGAACCCAUCUGGCCAGGGUCGUAGUAGACACUGGUCCGUGAGGCUUUACGUAAGAGAUUAGUAGCUGACCCGUCGGGGAACGCCGAAGGGUGGCCGUGAUUUCCGUAUAACUCAACAGUGUCUUGACCACACAUAGCUUGGGGUCGGAAUCAAAAUACGGAUAAGUCACCGAGGACGAAUCCGAUUUAGUCCGUCUUGAUAUGGAAAAGGCGACUCCCUCCGGGGUGAGGGAGAAACCGUCCACGUCAAACGCCCUAAUGUCAGACACCCGUCGGAAAGAGACGAGGCAUAGCAAAAGGGCCAGUUUAGCUGAAAGCUGUAUCAGUGAUAGAAACGGGUUGUCCGGCCAGCCCCGGAGGAAAUCCAGCACCCCAUUAACUUGCCAGAGGUUGGAAUACUUGGGCGCUGGGGGCCUCGUCAGUCUGGCGCCCCGCAGUAGACGACAUACCAGCGGGUCUUGACCCACUGGCCUGCCCUGUACUGGGACGUGCGCCGUUGAAAUAGCCGAUCUGAUCACGUUAAGGGAUCUAUACGAUCGACCCGUCGAGAAAAGAUGAGCGAGAUAGUUGAGGAUCAGUGGGACAGAGGCAGUAAAGGGAUCGGAAUCCCUCUCCAUGCACCAAUCACUCCAGGCUGACCAAGCGGAGAUAUAACAUCUCCUGGUGCCAGGAGCCCAUGAGUCCCACAGUAGGUCUUUAGUAGAUUGCGAUAGGCCGUGGACCGACCAGGAGCCCCUGAAAUCAUCCAGGCCACCAGUUCCAGUUGUCCUUCCAGGACGAGGGGAUGGAGUUCCCCCCGAGGUCCCGACAGGAGGAGUGGAACGGUUGGAAGCAGAAUGGGAUGGUCGUGGGACAUCUCCAGGAGGUCCGGGAACCACGGUUGACUCUGCCAGAGAGGUGCUAUGAGCAGGAUCGAAAUCCUGUGAGUGCGUGUGUACCGCAGCACUCGUGGAAUCAUAGAGAAUGGAGGGAAGGCGUAGGCCCCGUGAGAGGGCCAGUCCUGAAGGAAUGCGUCCGCUGCUUCGGACAUCGGGUCCGGGAGCCAGCUGUAGUAUUUUUGAAGUUGGUGGUUGGUCCUGGAGGCGAACAAGUCUAUUGAUAGUGGACCCUUCUGUCGCCGUAGUGUCCGAAAUAUUUCCUCGUUGAGUUUCCAAUCGCUGGUGUCUCUCCAGUGUCAGGAGAACCAGUCCGCCGUCAGGUUGGAGACUCCUGGGAGGUAUUCCGCCUGUAUCGUGAUGUUCCUCCGCAGGCAGAAACUGUAAAUGUCCUUCGUGGCUUCGGUCAGGUCUUUUGACCUCGCCCCGCCUAGGCGGUUGAUGUAUUGCACCGCCGAGAUGUUGUCCAUGCGGAGUAGGAUACAACAAUUCGACUUGUCCUUGGCCAGACUGCGGAUGGUGAAGGAACCUGCGAUCAACUCCAGGCAGUUGAUGUGUAGGUUGGUUUCCUCUCCCUGCCAUGGGCCCCCCGUGGAGGCAUCCGAGCAGUGGGCGCCCCAUCCCCACAAGCUGGCGUCCGAUUCCACGAUGAAGUCCGGGGAGGGGGCGAAGAUCGCCUUGUCCAGGCUUGUAUGUGAAGUAACCACCAUCGCAGUUCCGACCUCACCUCCGGAGUGAGUGGAAUCCAGUGGUCGUAGGAAUGACCGGCACGCAGAUAUCCCGCUUUUAGCCGUUGCAUGGCCCUGUAGUGUAGGGGGCCCGGGAAUAUCGCCUGUAUGGAUGAGGACAGGAGUCCCACAAUCCGAGCGAGCAUCCUGAGCGGUAUCGUGUCCAUCCGCAAAGUCCGCCUGAUUUCCUUCCUUAUUGAGGCAAUCUUUUUCGAGGGAAGGCUGAGCACGCAUUCCCUCGAAUCGAUGUCGAAGCCCAGGAACUGUACUGACUGGGAUGGUGAGAGAGACGACUUCUGUCUGUUCACUACGAACCCCAGAGAUUCUAGCAAGUGAACUACAAAUGUCGUCUGCGAUCGUAGUCUGGAGACGGCUUCGCAGAAAAUCAGCAAAUCGUCCAGAUAUACGAGACACCGUAUGCCCCUUGUGCAGAGGUGAGCCAUCACUGGUCUCAGCAGCUUCGUGAAACACCACGGGGCCGAGCUGAGACCGAAUGGUAGGCACGUAAACUGGCACACCCGCCCUCUCCAUCGGAAACGAAGGAACUGACGGUAGUGCCUGUCCACCGGAACCGUAAGGUACGCGUCCUUGAGGUCCAGGCACGUAAACCAGUCGUUCUUGACGAGGAGGUCUUGUAGAAGGUGGAUUCCUUCCAUCUUGAAGUGUCUGUAGAUUACGAAAGAGUUUAGUUGUCGGAGGUUGAUAACCGGCCGGUAUUCGCCCGUCUUUUUCUUGACCAAGAAGAUGUUGCUCAUGAAGCCUCCCCUGUCUAGUGCGUAUUGAAUCGCGCCCUUUUCGAAGAGUGCGUGGACCUCUUCGUCCACCAGGCGGUUUUGUUCUGACGACAUGUGGAUCUGGGGAGGGGGGGUGGUUUGGACGGGUUGUGCGGCAAAUUCUAUUACGAAACCGCGUACCGUCUGUAGGACCCAGGCGUCCCUGGUAAUCAGCUCCCAGUUCUGGAAGAAAAAAGAUAGGUUGCCAGCAAUAAACUUUGGUGCAUCGGUGUGUAUAGAGGGACUCACCAUUGGUAAAGCGGCCGCGUCCACGGCCUCUGACACCUCUGGUCCUCCCAGUUCCUCGAAAUGUUGAGGGUCUUUGUGAUGAAGAGGGGAAGAAAUUUGAGGCUUGCGGGUAUGAUCUGGAACCUGAGGCCCAAAAUCGGCUGGUGGCACGGCUCCGUUGCCGACCAGCCCUUCCAAAAACACCUCUAGUAGAUGGGGUGUGGAACACCUGUUUGAGAGAGGUUUGGGCCUUGUUUAAGGUGGUGAAGAGGUUCACAUGACGUUUGAGUUCCAAGAUGAAGGCAUCACCAAACAACAAGCCCUGGGCUUUCGGUCCAAAUUCUUUAGCCCCGAGAUCUAGAAGCUUGCUGUCGAUACGUAUCAGAGCCGACCUGCGUCUCUCGAUGCAAAGGGCGGCGUUGGCGUUGCCCAGUAGGCACACCGUGCGUUGAGCCCAUUCUCGUAUGACGUGUGGGUCUAGCUGGGAGUCUUGGCUGAGGGCUAGGUCAGCAAAGUAUAGCAUCUUGGCGAUGGGGCCGAGCAAAUCCAGCACCUUGUCCUGUGCCGCUUUCAUGCCUUUCUCCACCCCUUUGCGCGGGUCCCUGCCCGUGCGUGACAUGAAGACCACCAUCGUGUCAUCGAAUUCGGGUGUCAGUGCCACCUUAUCGGGAAUUAGUGGUCUGGGGCAUUCAGCCCUGAGGCGCGCCCGUACCUCUUUUUCCAGCGGUUUGCGCAGCCAGUAGUGAAUAAACUUCGUCAAGUGCUCCGGCAGUGUCCAUUCUGAGGACCGUGGGUGCCGGAUGGUACGUGGGUCGAAUAGUAGUGUCCCCUGGUCGUCCACGAAAGCACCGUCUUCGGCCUGAGUGGUGUGGUGGUCUCCGCCGGGUUCCGUGUCCCGGCUGUCUACGAAGGUCUCAUUGACGUAUUUCGAUGAGGUGGGUGGUAGGUCUUGCCACUCCUCGUCGUCCGAAUGUGAGCCGUCUCCGUGCCACUCGUCCACUACGUCCAAGGCAUGUGGGACGUAGGUGUCCUCCUUGUCCGAGGAUGGAGGUGGGAAGGGGGUGGGCUGGCGGUCCGCGUUCUUAACGCGUUUGAUGGGUAGUUUGCCCCUUGAGGGUGGACUGGAAGUCUUUCUUUGUCUCUUGGGUUUGGACAUCUCCGAGCCCGAGGCUUCUGUGCGCUCUGGUGGGCUUGUGGCUUCCCGGCUGGGGGGUAGUGCCCUCAAGAGGGCCUUUUCCACAGAAGCCGCCACGGCGGCAUUGAUCAUGGCUUGAAAGUCUUGGCUGGCUUGGGUAUCUUCCAUGAUCUGUGGUGUAAUUCGACCUAUCGGGUGAAAACAAGGUUCAGUGGACAGGUCGUGGGGAAGUCACAAGCAUGCAUAGAUCAAUUUUGUGUGCGACCGGGAUGUGUCCAGUCGGUAAAGGGUGUAUAUGUGGAGGGCUUAGUAUGCACGUCAUCAGUAAUUCAGGCUGUGCGUGAAUUUGCGUUUGAGGCGUGGGCCCUUGUGCAUAAUCUCGGGGUUUACCCCGGGUGGUGUGCCGUGGUAACCAGAGGACACCCACAUCAACUGAAAAUGGGCUGUGGCGCCCAAGCAUGCGUGACAGGGGGGGUCACCCCCGGUGGUGUGCCAUGAAAAAUACCCAGAGGACACCCACAUCAGCGUGCACCCUAGGGUGCAGUAGUAUAUUAUGACCCUGUGUAGGGUAACAGGUAUGAUUUUUCCCUUAGAAGGGUACAGUAGUGCCAAGUCCCCUGAGGGGUGGUAUAAUAUAUGUAUAUCUCUGCAGGGGUCCUUUAAAUAGUAUGUUCAGUUUAACAUUGAUUGUUAUUUUUACAGCCUGAGAGCAUCAUAAUUUGUGCAUACUUAUAUACCCUUCACAUAGAGUGGAGAGUCCUUGUGACAGUGGAAGGGUACCUAACAAUACCACUUAAAAGUAGAGACUGAGGGCUGGGGGAGACAGCAAUAAUGCCCUAAGGGCACUCCCCCGUGUUCCUUGCGGCGAUCGGGUGUUUCCCGAGCCGCCGUGUGUGAAGGCAGGGCGGCCGUCGCGGGUCUCGCGAGCCGCGAGAUCCAAGAUGGCCGCCGGCCGCGUUGUGUAAGCGCUACCCACGGCUACCUCACGGACAGCCGUGACGCCCGCGGCCUGCCAGACCGAAAAGCAAGUACAAAAUACAAGGCUAACACACUUAUGAAACAGGGGAACUGUAAAGGGAGAAAUAAAGGGACAGGAAUAGGUAGACAGGGUGUGAAUGAUAGUACAAUAGAAUAUGGCAAUAAAGAAUAAGGCAUGCGUAUAGACAGAGAGGUAACAAUUACUCUGACCUGUUGAUGGCUGGAGCAGCAAAGAAAGAGGAAGUGAUGUCAUAGACAGGGCCUUAUAUGGGCACCAUAUCUUUUCACUGAUUGGUUUGUUACUGUUUCUAUGCUGCUGGAGUUUUCAGUAAAGAAAGAUAUGCAAAUAUGAAGCCUUCUGUCAUGUGGUAAAAUUGAUGAAUAUAGGGCAAAUCUGGUGUAUCUAACAUCAUCGGUACAUUGAUGACUUUAUGCACUUGUACUGCAGAUGUACUUUUACAUUACUUUCCAAUACACCUCAGAUUAGUAAAUCUCUCAUAUCUUUUUUUUAAAAAAACCAGCGUACAUAUUCUUCUCACAUACAAUUGUUUUUAGGUACUCCAAUAAAUCAAACUGAUAAAUCCAUAAAUGUAUAUGAUGAUUUCUUGUGAAUUUAGCCAAAAUACUGCUAAUAAAAUUUGAGGCAGAAGGCAAUGAACAAAACAAAUGUACAGAUAAAAAUUAUACAAGUUUAUCUAUUUUUUUGUUAUUAAUCUAAAAUUAAAUAAUUUCUCUAAUUUUAAUGUAAAUAUGUCAUGUGAACAAACUUUGAAUUUAAUUGCUGCUUUAUUAUAAUCUACCUAGAGAUCUAUAUAUUAAUUAUCAAAUGUGAUGAAAUGCAGUGUUUGUAGAAAAGAAUCAAAAAAAAUAAAAAAAAUAGACCAAUCUGCAUUUUAUUAGCAAUAGCAGACAAAAAUAUUUCAAGUCGUAGAGGCAUAAAAUAGCAAAAUGUUUUAUGAUUUAUAAAAAUAAUGAAAAAAAAUUAAAAUAAUUACUCCAGGGAAGGCUGGUUAUAUUUUGGCCUAAAGGCAAGUACAAACAAGUGGUCACGUUUUUUACGUACUAAACCUAUUGAGGUGACUGCAGAGGUUUCGGGCGGGAGAUCUGAUGCAGACUUGAGUCCUUACUGGGCCCUCAAAAGUCUUGGAUCUCCAAAAUGCACUUUACAAUUUACAAUCCCUGGUGACUACCGGGGACUCGGGCGAUGCAAAGCUCUCAUUUUCUGCCACUAUAGAUCUUGUGUAAUGGCUCAAGGGAGUUCUGGGCAGUUAGAAGAUUGCUACUAAGAUUGCUAGUUACCACUGCAACACUUAUACUAUGAGUCCAGAGCUCGUAUGAGCCAUUGUGUGAAGUAUGCGGUGGCACAUUGAACCACCAGGGAAUGCUGUGAUGCAAGAUAGGUCAUCUUGGAUGUAAAAACCCAAGGGCAGCAUACAGAAUAUUUGAUAGAGUCCUAACCUCAACAUCUUAAGGAAAGGGAUUUAGGGGUAAUUAUUUCAGAUGAUUUAAAGGUAGGUAGACAAUGUAAUAGAACAGAAGGAAAUGAUAGCAGAAUGCUUGGUUGUAUAGGGAGAGGUAUUAGCAGUAGGAAAAGGAAAGUGCUCAAGCCAUUGUAUAGAACACUGGUGAGACCUUACUUGAAGUAUUGUACGCAGACCGUAUCUCCAGAAGGAUAUUGAUACUUUAGAGAGAGUUCAGAGAAGGGCCAAUAAACUGGUUCAUGAAUUGCAGGAUAAAACUUACAAGUAAAGGUUAAGGUAUCUUAAAGGGACACUCCAGGCAGCCCUUUUUACUCACCUGGUUCCAGCGCCGGGAGCCUCGUGAAACCGCUUUGCCGCACAUGCGCACAUACUUCAUAGGGCGGCAAUCAUGCGCGAGGUGUGCGUGGCCGUGAGCUGAGCUGACUGACAGCUCAGCUCGUGGUCUUUGCCCGCCCCCUCUCCUCUGGUGACAGGCAGGAGAGAGAAGGCACGCACACAGUGCCUUCUCUCUCCUGCACACGUCAGACGUAUUUUAAUAUAUCUGACGUGUACAUGGCCUUUUUAGGGCCAUACAUGAUAGGAAGCCCUCUGGUGGCCGUCUGAGUGACAACCACUGGAGGUAUUCCUAUCAAUCAAUGUAAACACUGUAUUUUCUCUGAAAAUACAAUGUUUACAUUAGAUUGCCUGCAGGGAGCUAUAGAUCUCACCUCAACAACCACAUUAAGCUGUAGUUGUUCAAGUGACUAUAGUGUCCCUUUAACAUGUAUAGCUUGGAGGAAAGACGAGACAGGAGGGAUAUGAUAGAAACAUUUAAAUGCAUAAAGGGAAUCAACACAGUAAAGGAGGAGACUAUAUUUAAAAGAAGAAAAACUACCACAACAAGAGGAUAUAGUCUUAAAUUAGAGGGGCAAAGGUUUAAAAAUAAUAUCAGGAAGUAUUACUUUACUGAGAGGGUAGUGAAUGCAUGGAAUAGCCUUUCAGCUGAAUUGGUAGAAGUUAACACAGUGAAGGAGUUUAAGCAUGCGUGGGAUAGGCAUAAGGCUAUCUUACAUCUAAGAUAAGGCCAGGACUAAUGAAAGUAUUUAGAAAAUUAUUCAGACUAGAUGGGCUGAAUGGUUCUUAUCUGGCGUCACAUUCUAUGUUUCUAUGUUUCUAUGUCCACCUUCCCUGCCUCAAGAUAACUAGAGGUAGGGUUGAAUAAACUGUUUUUUUUGUCUUUUUUAAUAAAAAUUGUUUUAAAAGGUUAUAUAUGUAUACAUGUAUAAGUAUAUGAGGGCCUCACACUCAAUAUCUCAAAGUGGUCCUUUUCUGGGUAUCAAGCAACAAAUAUAACAGUAUAGAAUGAGAGAAUUCACUGAACUGUAUUUAAAGUGUAACCAGCUGAUUUUAUUUCAACAGCAUAGCACAGGUUUGCAAAUAAAGUUAGAUCACCAUUUCAGUCCCUUACUGGGUCUUGAUGAAAGUCAUCACUAGGAAUUAAAAGUUGACCCUAUACUGAUGUGAAAAAUGAAUUUUUAAGUGUAAUUAAUUUAAGUUCAUCAAAUGCACUUCAGUUUAAGCCCUAUCACAGCCCCCUCUGCACACACUGCAUCCAUGAUCCCAUAAUAGACUCAUACACACGCACAGACACACAUACACACAAUGCAUCCCCAGCACACAGUGCAUCACCAUCAAAAACACACUACCUCCCCUUCACACCUACACAACAUCACACACGCACACGCACACACACACACACACUAAUUACUAUACAGUUGCAACUAGUUGGACAGAUACAUUUUGUUAAUUUUAAAGUGCUCCCAAUCACGUACAGAUGGGUAUUAUUAUCAUCAGGCAGGCUUAAUUCGAUUCAACAAGGAAUCUAACACACUGUAGAUGUAUCAAUACCAUAGAUAUUAUUGCCACAAAUAUAAUUUUCUUACAAAUAAACAAUAUAGAAUAAAAUUUUGAUGUAAAAUUGGGGAUUUUUUUCGUGACUUGUGUUCUGCGUCUCCAAUUGUUGAUGUAAUUCUGAAUGUUGCAAUUUUAGCUAAUAAGAUGUUUAUUGACAUUCGAAAUGAGGAACUGACUAAUAAAUAGAGUUUAGGACGGGUGCACAGAAAACCAAAAACUAACUGUUUUUGAAACAGUUUAUAUUACAUUAUCAGAAUUUUAACAACUGUGAAUUUUAAUUUUGCUUGAACAUACGGAAAUCAUUUUGUAUAUAUAAAUAUUCUGAACCCAGCUGAAAAAUAAACUGUUCCCAAACAUAUAUCUGAGGAUAAAAGAAUACGACAUGCUAUGUUACCAAAAUGUACUACAAUAAAGCUGAAUAGGGCACAUGAUUCAUUGAAAGGAGCUUUGCCCAGAGCAGAAUUAAAGGGACACUGUAGGAACCCAUACCACUUCAGCUAAUUGAAGUGGUCUGGGUGCAUUGUCCCUUUUGCACUUAGUGCUGCAAUGUAAAACAUUGCAGUUCCUUAGAAAUGGCAAUGUUUACAUUGCAUUUCUAAGUAUGCCCUCAAUGGCUGUCUACCAGACAGUCACUAGAGGGCUUCCUGAAUUUAAACGGACCUUUGGGGCUCUGCAUGAGGACCUCCAGCGUUAGAUUUUUCCCCGUAGGAAAGCAUUGAUUCAAUGCUUUCCUAUGGGGAGGUCUAAUGCGCAUAACACCCUGCUCUUUGCGGGAUGGAGAAGGGGGUGUUAAAGAUUUUUAACCCAUUAUUUGCCGGGGAAGGAGGGCUCCAGGGAGGGGGGCAGGCUGGGGGAGCAAUAGCUUUCUAUUCCUGGCAUUAAGUUAUACCUUUUACCAUAAGGCAAUGCCUGGGGCUUUGGGGUUGCACAGGGGCCACAGAACCAUGAAUGUGCAUGGCCCUAUUAACCAUUCCUAUGUGAAGAAUGAAGGGGUGGCCCCAAGCUGAUGACCUCCCUAGAGCCCUGUGAGAUCUUAAUCCUUCUUUGGCUAAAACAUGAAGGUAAUUCUGCUUGUUAUUGACAUUCUGUGUAUCUCAAUCUAUGCAGUGUUUAGUUAAUACUGAAGGCAACCAGCAUAUUGUUCAUCCCUAUGCAAAAUCGCACAAUAUUAUGGAAGGGACUGAAGCAAGGCAUUCCCCCUCUGCAUCCACCAAAGUAUUGCAGCUAGUACUUAAGAUAGAUCAGAAUUAGUGGAACAUUGUAUUAAAAUGUGGGGGAAGAUGUUCUAGGAACCAUGGACUAAUGAGAAGAUAGGAGGAACACAAUUUGUAAACAUUAAUUCCGUUGUUUUUUCCCCAUAGUUGUCUCUACAACGUUCUAGUAGCUUUAAGGAUUUCGGAAAAUCAAAGCCAAGUUCACCCAUUGUGACUGACAAAGAGUUCAACUUGGAGAAUGACGUGAGUCCACCUUAUUCCAUUUUACUGUAAUCUUUCUGUGAGUCUGUAAGUGUAAUAUAUUACAGUAAAGAGAAUUUGGUAUCCAAAUAGCAAAUAUUCCUCUUAUAUAUUAUCUUAAUUUCCUCUUUUUUUGUUUGUUGACAUGACGUGAUAAAAUGAAAUAAAUCCCCAUCCUGGAACUACCCUUGAAUUUGACCUUUUUCAAUACCUUCUCUGCUUUUGUCAGCUGCUAGACUAUGUGUCACUACUUUCUACUCCCUGUAAUCCCUUUCCUACCAAUCAUCUCCCCUUGUUAUACUACUAAUUUCUUGUUAUUUUUAAUUACUGCAUGUUUCAUUUUGUAUUAUACUAUGUAUAAUGCAUUGUACGUAUAUGUACUGUACAUUUUUAAAAAGUAUUUAAAAUAUUAAGUAACACAUAUAAGUAAUAAUAAGGUCUUCAAGAAGUGAUAAUUAACACAUGGCAAUCCAGCUAAUUUAAGGCAUAUCUUCUUGUGAGUAAUCUGCAGGGGAAACUAUGUCACAAAUAUAGAAACAUGAAUUUUGUUUCUUGCCUGUGAAAGUUAUAUUCCAAAGCUAGGCUUUAAGGAGUUCUCUUUGAUCCCUUAGCCCAAGGCGACUAGGAGGGGGUGACAUUUUACUAUCAUACCCAGGGUGAAUUGCCAUCAUGGUGCAAUUUACCCAAGUUAGGGCAGCAAGAUGCCACACUCCUGUAGGUACCACCAGCCAUGUUCCAGCAGGGACCUGCCCAGGCAUACCACUCAGUGUUUCUGUGUGUGUAUAUAUAUAUAUUUUUUUUAUUUAUUUAUUUUUUUUAAUGUAGCUCUAAGGACUCUUCACUCAGGCACUGGGUGAUGUCUAUGCUAUAACAUGUUCUAUUCUUGUCCCCUCCUCACAGGACCUGGUAAAUAGCAUGGAGAGUCUGGAUAGAGCAGAAUUAUCACUCCUACACUGUUCGGUCAAACUACAAAAGAGAAAGUAGUGGUGCGAGUCACAACUGGAGACAGGCACAAAAGAGGACAUGAGGACAUAGAUAAAAAGGGGGACCAAUGGGGUAUAGAUACAAUGGGGAGGAAAGGGAACUGGGACAAAGGGGAACAUGAGGACAUAGACAAAACUGGACAAGGGGGCACAGGCACAAGGGCAAACAGAAAUAUAUAGACACAAGGGGGGCAAAGGAACUUGGAGAGGACAAAAGAAAUGUAGGGAGUAAGGGGUCGUAGACACAAAAGAGGAAACAUCUUCUUGGACAAUGUCUUUAGUAGGCCUUGCUAUAUUCCCAAAGCCAUCUGUAUUUUUACAUGAAUUUGGUACUCAUUUUUAGAGUAAACUCUGGUAUUAUGGUCCAUAUUUCAGAAGGAAUUGGUUCAUUGACUGUUCUUCUAAAUCCUUUUUACAUUUUUAUUACGAGAAAGGUAUGGGAGCUAGAUACUUUUAAAACAUAAGUCAAAGGGUGUGUAAUAUUUUUGCUGUAUAAAGCCAACAUGCUAUAUAAUUAGACGUAUUUUAUUCUCAGAUUCCAGAGGAUGAUGCUGGGGUUGGAACUCAGGGAUCAGAAGACACUAAACACAGUGGAGGCAAGCUAAGUAAAAAAUGGAGAGCUGUCAUUUCCCGAACAAUGAAUAGGAAAAUGGGAAAAAACGUUAUGAAAGCAAUGGCUGAUGAAAUAGUGAGUUUAAAAAAUAAAUAAAAUUUAACCAGUUUCUUAAAGGGACAAAAACAGUGACCACAUUCUAUGAUUGUAUGUUUCCCAUAAUUAUGAUUAAUUAGGGUCAAUUUGGAAUAUUAAAGUAAUCUUGAAAAUCUAUAAAAAAAAAUUCAACUAAUAAAUAUAACUUUAAAAAAUGAAGGGUAACUGUACCUAAAUUUAUUUUUUCAUUAUUUUAAUUUGGGACUGGCUGAAUUACAUGUUUAUUAAACAACAUUCCAAAAUUUUAAAUAGGGUUACAGUACAAACACACAUCUAUUAUGAUUAUACCAUUAACAGCAUUUUACUGGGCUCUGCAAAUGCAAUGCCUCUUGUUUUACAUGUGAUCUAUAUAGUUUUUUGCAAGAAACACUAUUGGUGCUACAUCCCCCACUCUUAUGCAGACACAUACUAUAUUUAUUUAAGUGAAGAUAUCUUUAAUUAUUCUACCCCACACAAUUCUUGAUGCUAUCGAUAGAGUAUUUCCAUUGUAAUUUACUCAUUAGAUUGGCAGAAUCUGCUAAGAAUGUCUAAAUCUGUGGUCACUUAUCUCUCUUGUAUCUAACACAACCAGUGAUCCACAUUCCCAGAUAUAAAAAAAAAAUAAAAUAAAUAAAAACACCAUAUAGACAAAAUGUCAAAUGGUGAAUAUUUUUUCAGCUCAGUUUCCCUACAUCAUAAGUAACGAUGUUGUCACCUAUUCAGCGUGGAAGUGCAAACAAUUAUUCUAUGUGCAUUAUUAUUAUUAUUAUUGCCAGCAGAUCUGGGCUCAUUACACACCUUCGUAUAUAUGCUAACCCAUUUUUAUAUUCUUUUGAAUACCUGAUUAUUUUGGAAAAUGAUUUGUAAAUGUAGUUUUCAAUUCACAACAAUUCAUGUCUUUAAUUAUUAUUAAAGAAUGCAAUAUACGCUCUGUUCCUGUUCCUGUUUUAACUUCAUUCCUUGUAUUUCUUUUUUUUUUUUUUUAAAUAACACAGAUGGAUCAACAUGAUCCUUCAUCUCCAAUAUCUUUGGAUGGAAGUGUGGAUGGGAAUCUGGGCAGAAAACUGUCAGAUCCUGAAGAGGAUCUACAUACGCCUCUUAGCAGGCAAGCCUCUAGUGGUGAGUUUAGGAACAAAAAACCCUAUAUUUAGUAUUUAUUAAUGUCUAUUACUACAUUAAAAUGUAUGUGUAAAUAUAUAUAUAUAUAUAUAUAUAUUUCUCUCUCUCUCUCUCUGUAUAUAUAUAUAUAUAUAUAAACAGAGUAGGUAUCUUGGCACUCACCCUUUCUCCAAAAGAGGUUGAUUUAUGCCCGGGUGCAAUCCCACGUUGUGGAUAUAUAGAGAAAUAAAUCAAGAGAUGCACUCUCAGGACUUUUUAAGUGAAUAAAGAAAAAUGUAUUGCAAUAAGUAAUACAUCAAAAAAAUGACAAACGUUUCGAUCUUGAGGAAGACCCGAAGUCCUGAGAGUGCAUCUCUUGAUUUAUUUCUCUCUCUCUCUCUCUCUCUCUCUCUCUCUCUCUCUCUCUCUCUAUAUAUAUAUAUAUAUAUAUAUAUAUAUAUUCGUAUUAUUUAUUUUUUUCACUCAGUUAGUGUUUGCAGGUUAUUUAUAUGUUUCUUUUCUUUUCUUUCUUUUUUUUGUUGGGCAUCAGAGGAACAAACAGUCUUGCGCUGCCCCGACAGCAGUGGCAAGAGAAUUAGUAUACAUAGUUAAACAGUGAAAGGCAGUCAAUAUUACAGCACAUAUUUGGAGAAUAAUAAGUUUUGCAUGCAUAGAAAGACAUUUUAACAGAUAAUUACAUUAUUAAUUGUGAGCAGUUUAUCUAAAUAAUGCCAUUAGAGAGACCCUGCACGUAUUAUGAUAAAGUGGAAGAACCACGAGGAGGCUCAUUAGCUGGGCACAAAAUGCUGGCUAUGAUAGACAAAAUGCAUUUAAAAUAAAUUAAAACAAAACAAAAAAGCUGCUGCUAAAGAGUAGCUUUCCGGCAGGCACUCUGCCAUAUUAAGCAUCCCUAUUAGGGUCACCAACUCAACCUAUGCCCGCAGCGUCCAGGCAGAGUCCAGACUGGUGAAGAAGGAAUUGUAAGUCUCUCCGGGAUCCGUAUUGAGCUGUUUCCUUCCAGCGCCAGGCGUUAGCAGGAAACUUCUCCCAUUGUCCAUAGGCUUCUCUUCCCACAUCUAGGGUAAAGCUUUGAGACUCUUCUUGGUUAGUGAGAGUCCCAGUGAUCCAGAACUGGCCACUCGGUCUGCCCCAGGUUGGAGUGGGAGCAUGUUGUCGGUUUCUGUUGGUCCUACUGUUACCGAUGUCUGUUUAGUGUAAGCUUGGUGUUUCUCCCUCCGGAGAUGUGAGAUAUGCACCGGGGAGCUCCCCUGCACAUCUCUCCACCCAGGAUUGUGGUGGUGAGCUUUGGUCGCCUUGUGGCUCCGGUAAUGGCCAGGGGGUCGAUCGGGUCGCCUCUGCAGGUGUGAGAAGCGUGGUGUGGAGAUUAUUCGCCUGGUGAGGUUAGGCGUGGAUCGGUGAGUAUCAGGAGGUGAGCAUUGCAGUGAGCUAUCACCCUGCUUCCCCUCUGCACAUUGCUUGUGCCUUUCAGCUAGAUUGAGCCAAAAUAUGGUGAAGAUUUUGUCCAGGCACCUCACAGAUGUCUCCAGUAUGCCAGCACAUGAUGCAUUCGCCUUUUUCGCCAUGGCUAUUACAAGGGCCUCAGAGUACCGGGGCUUUUGCAGGGUCACAGUAUUUGAAGUUUGCCACAUAGUUUGAAGUGCCAAAAAGCAAGUGUCGAGAUAUCCCUCACCGGCAGGGGGGUAAACAGGGAUCUCUUCCACCGCUCCAUGUCAUGGCAGGAUGAUCAGUAGGGAGAUUGGCUGUUUCUCCCCAGCUGCCCCCACAUGUAGACCUCAGAGAUGGUGGCUAAAUGCCUCAAAAUGUUUUGCAGAGUGUCUCCAACAGGAAUUUGUUGGGUUAACUCGAGUGAUGGGUCAAUUUAUUUGCUUAUUUCUAUAAUUUAGCCAAGAACUCACACUAAGUGCGACCGUUCAGUAUGGCGGUCAGGCCCUGCCCCCUUAUUUAUAUGUUGCAUCCAGAAAUAAUGACAUCUAAUUCGAAGCAUAGAUACAUUUUCUAAAAAAAUAAUACUAUGUUUAUAUGAUGUAAAAAAGUAGAUUACAACACUGCUAAACAACUAUGUAAAGGAACACUAUUAUCAAAAUGUUUUAAUUGCUUAAUAUAACACUUACUUUAAAACAUGGCAUCUCAUUCUUUUUUAGAAUUCAUUUUGAAUUAUUUGAAAAAAAGUCACUUACCUCCCUUUCCCACUUCCCCUUUCUGAUAGCCAUCUACAUGCACUUUUGGUCAGUUAAGUGACUCAAAAUUCCCUAAUUUGCAACAGUUCUUUACUUUGCAUAUUGUCUGACUAAAAAAAGACAGAAAAUGCAGCAGGCAGAAAGUGGACAUGAUUUUAAUAAGUUACAGACAGUGGCAAAAUAAUAAUGUCCCCAAAACCAAGUCCCCUCAUACCGCUGCAUCACAACAGAGAACUGGAAGGAGGUCUGCUGCCUCAGGUAUGGGAGUUCCUCGACAGGACCCGAUUCAUCCCAAUCCGUAAAGCACUAAAUGCGGGAUCUACAGGACAUAAUUGGGGAGGAAGCCCUGACACACCCAGCUACAGCACUAUUACCACUAUAUCCCCAAUAGGGAACUUCUACACCGGGACCUGACCUGGUUCAAUGGUGUAUGCAUCUGUGACAGCACCCUGGAUACAGCUAUUUCGGUUCUAUACUGUCACGGUUCUUGCCACAGUAGACAGCCAGACGUGGUCACCCAUGGAGUUCCCAACAAGGGACUUGAACCGGGGAACUUCGCAGUCCUGGUCCUGCUUCCUUCCUCUGAGCCACAGCAGCUUUUGUAUUCCACAUGUCAUUCUGGUCCUGUUCAUCCUGGCAUGUCUAUUACUCUGGGGACUGUACCUUGACUUUGGAUGUGCUUCACCUGACCCUGAUCAGACAUUAGCAGGGUAUAUAAACUCAGCCUCUCCCUGUGAUCAGCAUCAAGUCUUUGAUUCUGUUGUGUGCUUUGUACCAGUGUGCCUGUCGUUUGAUCUGCUACUUGUUAUUGACCCCGGCUUCUGACUACGUUUACUCUGGCAUCCCUUGACUUCGGCUACUCCUCGUUGUUCCUGUCUUCUGGCACCCUUUGACCUCGGCUAUCCUUUGACAAUCCUGCUGUUUGAGUCCUUGCCUGUCCUGCGACUUGGUACUUCAUCCUGCACAGCCCCCGUGCACAGGCCCACAGGCCGGGUGAAUUCUUACCUGACCACCUUGGCCUGUGGCUAUCUGCAAGGGUGAGCAACAUAUAUGCGCUACAGACUCCCAACCCAGGUAAGACCCUGACAUAUACCAACACCUCCUUAUGGGAGACAAGACCGUGAAAUCCACCUUCAAGCAACGUUGGGAAGGAAUCCUGGGCAAAACUUUCACUAAAGCACAGUGGAGAAGGUGCUGAUCCUCAAUCAUAAGAGCACAAUUAGCUUGGGAUACCAGGAAACAAAUUACAAACUGCUAUCCACAUGGUACAAACCCCUGAUCUUCUACAUAGGUUCUUCCCAAACACACCUCCUACAUGUUGGAGAUGUAACACUGAUGUGGGAAUGAUAGAACAUAUCUGGUGGAGCUGCCCCAGGAUCAAGCCAUACUGAGAAAUGAUCACCGAAGCACUGACAGACAUUUUUGGGAAGCUGCACAAACUCCUUGCAGAACAAGCACUGUUGCAUCUCACACCGGCUCAUAUCCUAUAGAAAAUCGAUCCAGAGACACCUUCUAAAGGCACCCAAGUCUUUGAUACCUGCCCUCUGGAAACUGACUGACAUUCCGACGAGGGAACAGUGGCACAGUGCAUGACAAUCUCGACAGGAUUCCCAUAUGGGUAUCCCGGGCUAUCAUAUGAGUCUAUGUGGGGUGCUGAGAUAUGGUUCGACCGCUCAACCCAAUCUUAGUGGACUGACAGCAUCUUAUAACACCUUCCCGUUAAGCAUUUUUAUAUAACCGUAGUCGGGCAUACACCUAACCUCAAUUGAGACAGCAUGGCUCCUCUUGCAGUAAAUGCCUAACUUCAUAUUCAAGUAGAGGUUCGAUCACACGCUGGGUGGUCACGGACUCCAGAUCCUCGGAUGGCCCCACACAAGACACUCACUCGCACUCAUGUAGAUAAUGACAUCAGUACAUGUAUACUUUGUUUAUGUCAAUGUUCAACUAAAACUGAAUGCUAUGUCUUCGUUUGAGACCUGUGUGUCUCCAAAUGCUGGUCUUUUGAUUAUUUUUCAUGUGGUGAAAAAAUUAAUAAACAGAUUUACAACUAAUAAUAAUAAUAAUAAUAAAUGACAACUUAACUGAAGGUGCAUAAAUAUGGCUGUAAAAAAAAGAAAAGGGCGAAUGAUAUCUUCAAAGAAAUUCUAAUUUACAUAAAUUAAAAAAAAUAUGAGUUGAUAUGUUAUAACAAAGAUCUUAUUAAGAUAUUAAAACAUUUUAAUGGUAGCAUUAAUUUAAUACUUAAAUGUUCUGAAGAACUGCUGAGAUCCUGAGAAUUGGCAUUGUUUCAAAAAUAUCAGUCACAACAUACACCUGAAGACAAGCUGUUAUCUCUGCAGUAUAUCUUUAUCCUCUCAAAGUGCUAAAUCGAGAUAGGGAAUUUACCCAGAUAAUCAUAUUAAACUUUAAAAAUAAAGCCACAUUUCUAAACUGUUCCUCCGAUCUGUUAGUUCUUUCUCCACCCAUAUGACACAACACUGAUCAGGCCUCAGCACAUCCUGUCAAAUUUCCACAUCAUUUGUCUCUGUCUGUAUCACUUCCCCAUAAAAUAAUGCUGCACAAUCUGUUGUUACCUUAAAAAUAGAAAUAAUAAUACAAUCAGAACAAAAAUAAUAACAUAAGUAAUAUAACUCACUCCCUUUCAACAGACUUAAUUAUACUUACCACUGAUCAGCAUAGUAAAAAUAAAAUAAAAAAGUUUUCGUUAUUAUUGGCUAAAUUCUUGUGUAUUGCCAGUCUGUGCAAAUGCUUAGCACAAAUUGUUUAAUAUAGAAGGUUACGUUUGGUCCUCCAACCAUUGGCUGGCAGAGGAAGUUGUGGUCAAACAACAAAUUAAGGACCAACACAAGCUACCCUUACUUAUUUAUUUUUUGAUGUUGCACUCUUUGUUGUAUUGUUAUGAAAUGCGAAGUUGAAAUUUUUUAUAAAAUAAAACAUUACUUUUUAUAUAUUUGUUGGAUCUAUUUUAUUGAUCAUUUGUUUUUUUGUGCAUGCGUUUGUGUGUGUACUCUUUCCAGUAAGUUAUUUGUUUCUCCAGCUGAGACGUUAGGAACAAUCAGCCAAAGUUAUAAACGAUAAAACGGUCCCAACAGACCAAAGAAGUGAAAGACAGUGAUAAUGCUCGAAUAUAUAUCUUCCAAAUGCUCCACAAACAGUGUGGUCAAAUAUAUUAUUUAAAAGGGAAGUUACCAGGAAUUCAAAGCGAAUUAAAAAUAUAUAUAUAUUUUUUUUAGCAUAAUAACCUAUUUAGAAAAAAAAUCUGCUUUGUUUUUAGCUAUUGUGAUCUAAAAUGUAUAUUUAUACGAACAGAUGUAACCUGGGUGCUAAAUAGUUUUCAAAAUUGUUUUCAAAAUUGCUUCACACUCUGGUGUAAUCCCAAAACUCCACCAAAAAGAGAAAGUAAUGUGUGCUAGUGAGUGGAGCAAUUUAUACCAUAUAUAAGACAGAAGAAAGAGUAUAUAUAUACAAACUGGUUUCGAUUUUAAGUGUAACUUCCAGCAAUAAUGGUAUAUAUGUAAAGAAAAAAGGGAAAAAAAAGCAAUGAUAGUGCAGGUUGAUGUCAUACAAAGGGGGAGGAGCUUACAGACCACGGAGUCCAGAGGCGUUUGUUUUCUGGCAGCAGACAAUACACGAGGAGAUUCUCUAGCAGCCGAACAGGAAGAACGCCGGACGAGCAGCCUACCACCCUAAUGAUUGAACUCUGAUAGUGAGUUGACAUAUAUGUGUCAAACUCACCACCUUAUCUAGUAAGGGGCUUGUCACCCUAUUUUUUAUCAUCAUUUUUUAUUAUUCUAUUUUAUGUAUAUAUGUACUGCUUUUUCUGCAUGUGGCAGAUAAUAAAUUUAUGUCAGCUUUUUCCUAUUGGGGUUUCACCAAAUAUUUCUUAAAGUGAUACUUCACAAUUUAUGAAUUGUUAUAAGUAUAUAUGCUUAUAUAUUUUUUAUACAAUCUGCACUAUCAUUGCUUUUUUCCCCUUUUUUCUUUACAUAUAUACCAUUAUUGCUGGAAGUUACACUUAAAAUCGAAACCAGUUUGUAUAUAUAUACUCUUUCUUCUGUCUUAUAUAUGGUAUAAAUUGCUCCACUCACUAGCACACAUUAAAAUGUAUAUUUAUCUUUUAAUUACUGACAAUGUACACUUUGCGGAAUAAAAUUAUAUAGAAUGCUUAUCAUACUGAUUAUUUUUAUCUGUAACUGUUAGCAUUACAAACGGUGGUUCAUGCAUUUUUAUCCUUCACAUGGUAGAUCUUACCUAACUUUUUUAUGUUUUGACACAGGCAGUGAGGUAUGGAGCCCAUCUUAUAUGUCAAACAACAGAGACAGUAUGAAUGUAGAAAACAUGUCACCUCCGUAUACUGGACCAUUCUGUGGGAAAGCGAAGGUCCACACAGACUUUAUUCCAAGUCCUUAUGAAAGAGACUCACUCAAACUUUGUGUAAGAGCCUUUUCAUAUAUCUCCUUUACAGGGAAAAUGUUGACCAUUUUCUUGAAAAUUUAUUACCAAUCUGAAUGCAAUUUGAAUAUUUUCAAACUCUAUCUUACCCAGUGUCUUUUCAAGAACAAGCUAGUUUGCCAAGUAGGUAUCCCAAGCUGAUAGAAAAGACAGUGGUGACUUACUCCACACUCCAAUGAAACAUCUAGGGGUACAUUACACUAUAUAAUUCUAUAUUUAUUGACAUGCUAGUUGUCACCAAUGAGCUCUUAACAAGUGUCGACGCAAUCAUAUCUCUUCUGUUCUUAAACCUGUCCAUAGCACCACAACAGUUUUGUAAUGGGCUGCAAUCCUUAGAGAACGAUACCCAUUGCUGCCAUGGUCAUAUUGCCAAUAAUGCCACUGUGGUUUUUGAAUUUAGUAUUGUUAGAAUGCAGCAAUUUUUUUAUAUAUUAUAUAUAAUAAAAUAAUAUUAUAUAUUAUACUGCGAUGCCUGGUUUUUCAACAGUAUACACAUUUAAAAAUGUGUCAGGAUACGCUAACACCCAACAUGCAGAACCUAAGUAACAAAUAUAUAUAAACAAAGAAACCUUAGAACGUAUAAUGGGAAGUUAGAUUGGCUGGAUUUAAUGUUAAUAUAGAGAACAGACAGGCGUAGGUCAGGGAAAUAAAAUGUACAUACAGUAGACAAGCCAAAAGUCAACGGAUACAGAUGUCAGAAUAGUCAAAGAACAAGCCAAGGUCAAAAUACAAAAGAAUAAAUAGAAAUAACCUGCUCAUUGAUAAACAAACUUGAAACCAUGAAUAAUUAAAUAGCUAAAUGAGGGCUCUGAUUGGCCCACAGAUGUCAUCUGACUUCAACAUGACAAUGCAAGCAUGUUUGCUAGUGUCAGAAAUGUGGAGGACCUAAGAAGCCUUAAAAGACUCUGGCACUCUAAUAGGUAAGAGGGAUAUCCGGUGCCGUUCCCACUACCACUGUGUUCCUACGGCCUAGUGGAGACGCACCACAACAAGGUGCACCCACCUUCCGAGACCAUGCAUGGACAGUAGACGUGGUGCUUUUGGAUUGACACUAUCUUCAUAAAAAAGCCACACCAGUAACUGUCAAUAAAAUGUUCACCAUUCUAAAAAGACUUGUAAGCUUAGAGGUUUAGUAUUAAGGUUACAUGUUAGGGUUAAACCUAGUAGGGGGAUAACCAUCUACUGGGUACAAUGGACUCUAAUUUCCAUUAUUUUCAGCCAGAAGAAUGUUAUUUAAAUUAAUAUUUUGUAACCAGUAUACCCCAGGUUUAAUCAAUUCAACAAGCUAAUAAUCAAUAAAUUAAUGUACCCAAAAGCUACAAAUAAAACACCUAAAUAAAUUAAAUGAAUAAAAAUAUAGCUAGGAUGAAAUUCCAUAUUUUCAUUUUUCCAAAUACAGUUUCUGACCUGCUCUUGAAUUGUAGUUCUAUGAGGUUCUUGUCACAGCAAGAUAUAUCAAAAAUACAUAAAUGUAACAACUAUUCACAAAGGUAACAUCGAAAUGAAAAGCAGCACCAGCAUGAUGAAAAAGGGCUUAGCCUGUUUGAAGGUUUGCAACAUAUCGGGCUUCCUUUACAUUAUUUUGAAUCCAGAACCUACUGAAUGCAUCCUCCUCGUGUGUCGAGUAGCAGAACACAAUGUGACUUUUGUGAAGAGAUAUUUAUAUACCGAUACCAGACAAUUAUUUUCUCAACAGAAGAACCAGGAAAAGGCUCUUCUCCCUUUUCUCCCAUGAUACAAGCUACAUGUUUAAGCCAUUGAUCUAUCUCAGCUGACAUGUUUGACACAUUUAAGUUUUUUUUGCUUUUUUUUUAGGCAUAUAAGCUGUAGAGUCAUUGUGUUGAUGUAUGAUAAGCAAUCUCUAAAUCCCAUGAAAGUUUAAUAUAUUCAAUCAUGGCAUUCUAGAGAUGAUAGAACUCUAGUAUUUAAUUUUGGUUUUCUAAGGAAAAAAUAAUAUAUCUAUUUCAGCUUCUCACACCCAGUAACAGCAUGCAUCUGCUUUAGAACUGAGAAACCAGAGAUACAAUCAAAUAAAAUAUGGCUUCACUGUGAUUAACUAUGCAUUACAAACACAUCUACCUGAUAAGUUUAAACUCUUGGUCAACUUAUUGCUCUCUUUAUUCCAGAAAGGAGACAUUAUCCACAUCAUUGAAAAGCCACCUGUGGGUACUUGGACAGGAAUGCUAAACAACAAGGUGGGAUCUUUUAAGUUUAUCUAUGUAGACAUUCUACCUGAAGAGACAGAGCAACCCAAAAAACAUAGGACACACGGAAGAAGCAAACGAUUGAAGCCAAAAUCUUUGCAGGAGCUUCUGGAACGUAUCAACAUGCAGGUUAGACCAAGACUUUCUUCAUUUUAUUUAUUUAUUACUAUUAUGAUUAGCUUUUAUAUAGCACCAACAUAUGCCACUGGCCUCUACAAUUUUAAAGGGAUACUAUAAUGCUUGGAAUACAACAAACUUGUAUUCCUAACACUAUAGCUCCCUCUGCCACCCGCCUCCCUAGCACCGAUGUCCCUUUGUGAGCUUCAAUAUGGCAUAUGGGAUUGAAUAUGUCAAAUUAAGGUGGAAAUGUGACAAUUAGUAUUGAAAUAUUGCAAAAAGAGUUCAUGAUGGCAUAUAGGGUUUUAUCCCGAUGAAUUAUGGCAAAUAGGAUGAAAAGGCUAGCAUCUAAGGGUUAAUCUCCAAGCACCAUGACCACUUCAGAUUACUAAGUGGUCAUGGCUCUUGGAGUAAAUUGGAGUAGCCCUUUGAGGUCUUUUGAUGAGACCCAUUGAUGACCCAUUGAAGCCACAAUUAGUUUCAGUAUAUUUAUUUUAUAAUAACCCUUGCUAGUGUUUGACUCUGCAUUUAUUUGUCCGCAGGAACACAUCCCGACUCUCAUGUUGAAUGGUUACCAGACAACAGAAGACUUUAAGGACCUAAAGGAAAAUCACCUGAUUGAGUUGAACAUCACAGAUCCACAAGACAGGGUGAAACUUCUUACUGCUGCAGAAUUCCUGUUGGACUAUGAUAGUAAGAAACUAAUCUGUAAUCCUAAUGAGCAUGAUUUUAGUUUCCAAUUUUAUCUAGAUUAAAUCUCAGCACAGAUUCCUGUGAACCUAAAUUCAGGUUAGAGGAAGGUCCUAGGAUAAGUAAUGCAUCACUAUUCUGUCACAUAUGGGCGUAACAUCCAAGAACACACCACCUAUAAUAGGAAGGCUGUUCUGAUGUCCUGCACAAGUGUUCUAGUGUUCAGUGAUCCAAAUACUAAUAGCUAUUUAUUUUUGAAUAAUAAACUCACUUUGAAGAUUGUGUUAGUUAUCCAGUGUUGCUAACUACUAUGCUGAUAAACAUGCAUUCUCUAUAAAAAAGUUCUAGUUUGUCCUGCAUUAAUUAGGGCAAUUGAUAACCCAACCCUCGUCUUCCAUCCGCUUCCCAAAUUUUUUACCCUUCUAUUGCUCAUUUCUAUUUCUCCAUCCUUCCCCUUUUUAUUGUUAUGCUGAUCUGAUGUUUUAUUUUUGUUAUUUUUUUAAUAUUCUUUUUACAUUGUUACUAUCAAUACAAAAUCAAGUUAUUCCAAUGAAAAAAGGACACAAUGCUUCAAUUACCCAUUAUGUUCUCCACAAGAUAAAUAGGCUCCUGAGAACUUCCUGCAGACACUAGGCCAGGGGUAGGCAACCUUUGGCAUGCCAUAAUGCUCUUACAGUCAUAAUACUGGCAAAGCAUUAUGGCAGAUGUAGUCCAAAACAUCUGGAGUACUGAAGGUUGCCUAUCCAUGUGCAUGUCCAAAAGGUAGACUUGUGCAAGUCCAAAAAAAAAUUGGUUUGGUAGAAUCAUUUCUUCUGGAAAAAAAAUUACAUUGUGUUGGUCGAUUCAGGAUUCAUUUUGGUGGAGUUUGGGCAAAUUUCGUCCAUACAAUAAUCUCUGGAAAAGCAAUUUGAACCACAAGGCGCAAAAAACGGCAGGCACAUUUUCUUGCCAUUUGGUUCACAGAUCAAGUGAGAAGAAGAAACCAAGAGAGGAAAAAAAGUGGAGGAGCAAUAAUUCUUUAAUAAAAAAUCAAAUAUUUACAUAUAUAAAUAUAUAUUUAUUUAUUUUUACUGCAAUAUUUUCCCCUCUUUUGAUCACUUUGGUCAGUUCUUUUUCCCAUCAAUCUCUCUUUUUGGCUUCACAGAUCAGAACUCAGAAUCACUAAUGAAAUGAAACUGAUUCGUCUAUAUAGCAUUUCGAAGUUAUGAAAUUCAUAAAGUUCAGAGUACUGGCUAAUCUAAUGCUUUUCCAACAACAGCUUAGUAUUCAACUUCAGUAUAUGUUUUAAAUUCUCACAGGCAAGCUAGACAUAAUGUAAAAUGUAAACAUGAUGUAUUCCCUGUUUGUAAAGUCACUUAAGAUUUGAUUUCUACGUUGCAGCUGGCAGUGAAUCGGAAGAUUUGACAGAGCAGUGUUCUUUGAACCAAAUCUUUCAUAUUCCUCGAGAUUCUGGCUGCUACGAAGACCAAGAUAAUCUUGACAACAGCCGAGACGAGACGGAUUUAGGAAACAUAGAGGAGAACUUGCAGAAAUUAUCAAUGGAUGAAUCUAAUGUCAAAAAACAUACAGAGAUUGAGAAACCUCUAACAGUUGAUGAAAUGUCAUCUAGCAUUAGCUAAUGGUCAAGAUCUUGUUCCACUGUCACCAAUAACAUUAGUGGACAUGGUCAUCCAAAGAUCAAAGAUCCACCAAGCCUAUUAUGGAUACAGACACGUGAGCAGUCAUUCAAGGUGCCUCCUUCAUUAGCACACUUUGGAAUUUAAGUUUUUGAUAUACAUAUUUACACCGGAAACAUUUAUUCUUGAUUAAUGAAAAUGUUAGAGAAAAAAAUAACAAACAGUAUUUUCUAAAAACGACAGAUAAAAAAAUUCCGGACUUGUUCAGUCAUUUUCCCUAUAUGUUUUGUCAUGUAUCUAUUUUGCAUUUGUGUAUUUUGUUUUAUAUUUGUUAUUGGUUAUGAUAUUCAAACAAGCAUGGACUGCCACUCAAAAUCAUUGACCCUAAAACAGGGUUUUACCCACAAUCUCUUUAUUUUUUGUAAAAUAAAUCUGGUUUCAUCCUUGUUAUGUUUGACUAAGGCAAUACCAUUGCCUAUUUAUUGAAAAUUUAUUUUUAAAGACUGUAUACUGCAGCAAUGAAAUAAGUCCUUAAAUAACAUAUCAAGUGAGCUACAGUCUUCAUAAAAGCAUUCCUGACUAAAUUAGUUUAAAGCAGCAGGACUGAGAAUUAGUUGGUUAAAAGAACAUGCAGAGUAAUUUAGUCAGCUGCCUGAUAGAAUUUUGAGAAGGUUAAUAUUUUCUGAUCUUUCUGAAAGUCACCAAGUUAAAAUUAAAGUCUUCUUAACAAUGGAAAAUAUGGGAUUUUUGGGACCUGGCACACAGCAAAAAAUAAUAAUUUGGAGAUUUGGAUCUGCACAGCUCAUUUCCUAUGGUUAACAGUAACCAUUAUUAAGACCUUAUUUAAACUUACAAUAAACAGUGUGAAUGAGUAUCAGAACCCAAUAUUUCCUAGUGUAUUCAAACCUUUAUUUUCUAAAAUAAAGCGCAUCCCAUAUGCAACAGGCAUAUUCUAUUGAUACUGUAUGCAGGGAAUAACCAUACAAACACUCCAAAUGAAUAGGGGUUGUUGUAAACCUUUGAAACGUUUCAGGAACAGAUCAUCUAAGCAGCAUCUAACAUUGGCUUUGAUUAAAAUCGUUUGGAUAAACCUUUCGAAAGAUCAGAUUGUGUUAGAAAAACUUUAAAAUGAUUUAUCUACAGACGUCACCAUGAAAGUCUAUGGUAAUUUUUGUAGAUAAAUCAUUUGAAAGUUUUUUUCCAACAGAUUGUGAUCAUUUGAAUGCUGACUGAAACAAAUUAAAUUGAGGCCAUUGUUUGAGACAAAACAUAUAUAUAUAUUUUUAUUACUUAAAGUGACAUAGGCUUGUUUUGAACUUACUGAGAAUAUUCCCUUUGCGAUUUCAUUGUGCCUAGGAAUGUAGGAAUUUUUACAUUUGUGUUACAUGCUGUACAGGCUUAAGCUGGCAAGUGUGUGUGUGUUACAAGACAAAUACACAAGAAACUAGUACUAUACAGAGUGUUUACAGAGUUUGUUGUAAAAAAAACAAAGAAAAAAAAAACUGAAUUAGGCUCUUUCGUGUUUUUUGCCUCCAAUAUGUUAAUCUUUGUGAUAAUAGUACAUAUAAAGGGUUAUUCACUAAAGCAAGAAUUUAACAUUAAUUCAAAGACAAUUUUACAUUUAAUGGAACACUAUAGUGUUAGGAAUACAAGAGUGUAUUCCUAACACUAUAGUGCUGGCGUUAAUAUUUAGGUCACCGGCCCCCUAUCAGAGUGGAGUUAAAACGUAGUUUACUUUACCUGUUCUCCGUUGCUGCACUGGUCUUUUGAGAUCUCAGCCAUUUCGAUGCUUUUCCAUAUGCAUCAAAACACAGCGUUGUACCAAUCAACAACAUCUCAUAGAGAUGCAAUGAAUCAAUGCAUCUCUAUGGGAAACGUUCAGCGCCCACAUGCAUAGCAGCACUGAAAUAGGAAGUUCCUCUAGUGGCCGUCUGAGGGACUGCCACUAGAAGUGUCACUAGGCAGUAAGACAUUGCUAAGUCUGCAGGUACCUGCUGUAGACACCAGGACGACUACAUUAAGCUGUAGUGGUUCUGGUGACUAUAGAGUCCCUUUAAGGCUAGCAUUGCUGAACUGAAAGAAUAGCUCACCGGAAUUUUUCCAGUUUGACUAAUUUCACCUUAAAUUCGAAUUUUGCUUUGAAUUCUCAUUUUAAUAAAAAAGUAUAACUAUUUUUGACAAAAUGAGGACUUAGUUUCCAUACAUAAGUGGAGUGUGUACGUAAAUAUGAAUACAUAAAACCACAUAAAUUAUGUAACAUUAUCUUAGAAAUGUGUUAUAAUCCCUUCAACCUUUAAUUCCAAUAUUCAAUCUAUAAAGCAUUUAUCUUUUAAAACAAGUUCUAUAUCCAUUUUUUUCUGCUGUCAUUGACAAAGUUAUUUAGUAAAGUGGGAACUGUGGUAAAUUCAAAGUGAAUUUUAAAUUUAAAGUAAAAUUAGACCAAAUGGAAACAUAGCUGACUUGGAGAUUUUUUUUCCAUUUCAACUGCUUUUGUGUUAAAUUUUUAAUUUUCAUUGUAAUACAUUCCUGACAUUUCUCACAUUAAGGAAUAACCCUGAUAGUAUUAUUGUGAAAUAAAAUAUUUGCAUCUUGUUGUGGGGUAAAAUGUGAUAAUCUUUGGGGUAAAAGAGCAUACUUGUACCGAAAAGAAGUAGAGCCACAUUGUAAGAUGAACAAAGAUCAACAAAAUGGUGGCUGAACUGGAUCGGUUGUUGGUUGAGCCAGAUCACAGAUUUCGCAGAGCAGUCUCAGCAUCUAGUUAAAAAUCAGCCAGUUCCUUAAAUAAGAAUGAUUAAACUGGUACUUUAGCUUCUGGAGGUGGCAUGAGAAAGACAUUAAUAUAUUUGUUUUAAUACUUGGUUUGGUUUUUUUACAACAGUGUAUCUUUAACUGAAGUUGCACCUGCGGUGUAAGAAAAUAAUAUGAGAUUAGCCAUUAUAGUAGUAUGUAGCCUUUAACUGUUUUUCAUUUCAGACGUUCUCAGAAGC